AGGCGGCAGCAGCUGCUCGGCUGCCGAGACAUGGCGGAGCCUGGCGUUCUGUGAGGGAAGCUCCCUCCGAGUUUCGCUACUUUGUCGCUGUUCGGCGGGCCAAGCGAGGGCGGAAUAGGAAGGGCGAAGGGACGGGGCGAGCGCGGCCGGGGCUGCCCGAAAUGGACGCGGCUGAGAAAACGGGCAAAGUGUAGGAGUUUUUUUUUUUUUUUUUUUUUUUUUUUUUUUUGAGGGGGGGAGAAGCUGGAGAGAGAGGGGAGAAAUGCUCUGCUGUUUCUUAGUGCAGUCAACAGCCUUGGGCAACAAAUAUGGCUACUACUUGUGUCUCUCCCAAUUUGUGAUGGAAAGCUGCUCAACUCUGCCAUUCUCGGCAAUGGCCGCGGUGCCCGAGUAAGUUGCGCUUCGCAAGCUCUUUCGGUCGUUGUUUUUUCUUUUUUGUUUUGCUUUUUUUCUCCUCCUCCCCCCCCCUCUGUCUCGUUGCUUUGUUUUUCGGCGAAUCCGCGGCCGAGGGAGCAGCGAAGCAGGCCAACAUGGAUCCCAAGCACAGAGAGUUGUUGGAGCAGAGCCACCAGAACUUGUUGGAGUCCAUUACGGAUGCGGACCGGCUCGCGGAGGAGCUCGGCAGGUCGGGCGCGCUGAGCGCGCUGGAGAGGCGCGAGCUCGAGAGCAACUGCUCGAGCAACUCGGACAAGGUGGAGCUCCUCCUCAAGAUGCUGCUGAGCAAGGAGAAGGACCACUUCCAGGAGCUGCGCGUGGCGCUCGAGAAGACGCACCCGCACCUGAGUUCCGCCCUCCUCGUGAACGGCGCGGGGCCCGUGGACCACUCCUCCGGGUCAACCUACAGUGUGCUGUCCACCAUGCCAUCGGACUCUGAAAGCAGCAGCUCUCUGAGCAGUAUAGGUACAACCGGAAAAGCAUCCUCCCCCCCGCCGGCACUCACCGAGAACAAGCCGGUGAACGAGAAGCUGGAGACCGUCCUGUUCCAGCUGAGGCAGGUGACCCGAGAGCGGGAUGAACUGCGCAAACGGCUUGCUCUCUCCUCCCCCGGGACCACGUUCGAUGACUGCCGGCCCAAUUCCAGAACGAGCCACGACUACGAGCGUCUGAAGAUGCAGUGCAUGAAGGCCAUGGCGGACCUGCAGUCGCUCCAGAACCAGCACACAAAGACACUGAGGAGGUGCGAGGAAGCAGUCAAGGAGGCCGACUUCUACCACACGCUGCACAGCCGCCUCCUGAGUGACCAGUCCCAGCUGAAAGAGGAGAUGGACGCCAUGAAGAGGGACAACUCCCAGCUGAUCCGAGAGCACAACCACCUUAAACAGAACUGCGAGGAGCUGCGGCGCAUGCACGAUGAGGACCAGAAGGAAGUGGCUGACAUGAGACUUCAGCAGCAACAGGUGAUAAGAGAGAGUGGCUCAUCAGAGAUACUGAACAAGCUGUACGAUACCGCCAUGGACAAGCUGGAGGGAGUGAAGAAGGACUACGAAGCGCUGCGGAAGCGCUAUAACGAGAAGACAUCGAACCACAAUGCAGACCUAAGUCGACUGGAACAGGUGGAGGAGGAGAACCGGCGCCUUCAGAAGCAGAUCGACAUGCUGAUGAAGCAGAGGGACACAGCGAUACACUACCAGCAACAGUACUCCUCCUCGCUGAGAAGGUUUGACUCGGUCCAGCAGGAGCUGAACAAGACAGUGGCCCAAAACAAGGAGUUGCAGAGGGAGGUGGAGCGCUGGCAGUCGGAGGCCACACGCUACAAAACCCUGCAGCUGAAGGCAGUCAAGGAGUCGGAGAAGUACAAGGAGGAGCGCGACUCGGUCUUCAAUGAGUACCGCCUCAUCAUGAGCGAGAGAGACCAGGUCAUCAAGGAGGUGGACAAGCUGCAGACGGGCCUGGAGAUGGCCGAAGCCAAGCUGAAGAACACCUCCUCGGAGCGGAAGGUGGCCAGCGAGGAGAUGGAGGCCCUUCGGCAGGAGCUCAGCUCGGCGCUGGUGGACCGCGACCGGGCCAUCUGCGAGCGCAACGAGUUGCUGGAGAAAUACUGUCACGAGGUGAAGGACAAGACGGAGGCCCAGAAGGAACUCAACCAGGCCUGCAAGGACAUUGAGACGGUCAAGGAGGAGAGGGAUGUGGCCCGGAAGGAGCGCACAGAGGCCAUCAUCCAGAGAGACCAGUUGCUGCGGGAGUACUAUCAGGCUAGACAGAAGCAGGAUUCUGCCACCCUGGACAUGGAGAGGGCCAACAAGGAGAUUGAGAUGCUGAGGAAGCAGUGCGAGGCCAUGUCCCAGGAGCUGAAGGAGGCUGUGCAGGAGGCAGACGUGGCCAAGUGCCGCAGGGACUGGGCCUUCCAGGAGAGGGACAAGAUUGUCGCGGAGAGGGAGAGCAUACGGACUUUAUGUGAUAACCUGCGGAGAGAAAGGGACCGAGCGGUGAGUGACCUUGCGGAGGCUUUGCGGAACCUGGACGACAUGAGGAAGCAGAAGAAUGAUGUCUCGCGGGAGCUCAAGGAGCUGAAAGAAAAGAUGGAGAACCAGCUGGAGAAGGAGGCGCGUUUCCGCCAGCUGAUGGCACAUAACUCUCACGACUCGGCCAUCGACACGGAUUCGCUGGAAUGGGAGACAGAGGUGGUAGAGUUUGAGAAAGACAGGGAGGACAUGGAUUUGAAAGCCCUCGGGUUUGAUGUUGCUGAGGGUGUGAACGAUCCCUAUUUGCCGGGCGAUUGUGGGAUAUUUGUCACUAAGGUGGACAAAGGAAGUAUUGCAGAUGGAAGGUUGAGAGUGAACGACUGGUUGUUGAAGAUAAAUGACGUGGACCUCACUAACAAAGACAGGAAGCAGGUCAUCAAAGCUGUGCUUAAUGGAGGAGGAGUGAUCAAUAUGGUGGUUCGCAGAAGGAAGUCUUUAGGCGGAAGAAUAAUAACUCCUAUACACUUAAAUAUUGCAGGACACAAAGACUGUGGCAUCAGCCUGGAGAGCGGCGUGUUUGUGGCGGCUGUGGUGCCAGGCAGUCCGGCUGCCCGGGAGGGGAGCCUCGCGCUCGGAGACCGACUCAUCGCCAUAAACGGAAUUGCACUAGAUAAUAAAUCACUGACUGAAUGCGAGGCUCUGCUGCGGAACUGCAGGGAAUCGCUGAGUCUCUCUUUGAUGAAGUUCUUCCCACAGAGCUACUCGGGCCAGAAUAUAUUUGAAAACCUAAGAGACUCGGAAAAGGCCUCGAACGGCAGGCUGCACUCAUCCGAGGUGCACGUGCGCAACUGUAGGAACUUGAAACACAACAGCUCGACCCAAACGGACAUCUUUAACCCCAGCGGCACGGGAGAGGGCAAGGAGGAGCGGGGCGACCCCGAGGAGGCGCCGUUCUGCCACCUCAAGCCCCUCUCUACGGGCUCGCUGCACACGCACACGCAGGGCCCGUUCAGUGCCGACGCUUUCCAGGAGCGCUGCUACGGCUCUGACAAGAGGCAGUUCACCUUUGACCCUGCCGUGGACAGCUGCGUCCUGGUGGAGGCGGGGCCCGAGAAGAGUCCCGCCCAGAAGCGCAGUGGUGGCACCUGGCCCAAGAUGGUGGUGGGAGUCACUGCGUCGGAGAGCGCGCAGCUCUCCAUAUUUAAGAUGCCCAAGCAGAGGAAAUCCAUCUUUGAGGCAGAAGCCUUCAAGCGCCCCGACGCGGCCUCCAAGUUGGACUACCUGCCGCCAGGGCAGUUGGCGGGACACUCCCCACCGGCUCCAGCUACACCACCCACCCCACCGGCACGCAGCGACUCCUUCAAAUUCAAGCACAAGCAGCAGACGAGCUCAGCUUCAGACUCCACCAUUACCAAGGGCUCCCCACCCAGCACCCCGACCCCGGCCCCGGGGAGCUCGCAGGAACCCGGCCUGGAUGCCCGCGACCGGAACGGUAACCACUACUUCACCGAGGGCUUGGAGAGCAAGGCGCUGCCCUCCAGGAAAUCCUGCGACGAGGAUGUGGGCCGUCAGCGGGUGGAGGAGCCUGAGGUGAAGAGGCCGAGGCCGAAGUCGGCUCCCGCACUGAGGCGAAAGAUGACGCCGCUGCAGAUCCCCCUGCCAACACUACAGGUGCAGAGUUUCUCCAACGACGAGCAGUCCCCAGAAGCCGGCGACGUGGGCCGUUACUCCCCAAAGCGCUCUUAUCGCCACAGCGUGGGGUUUGUUCCACCGGGAUACAACGGAACCAUGGCACCGCACUCUGCACACAGAGGUCUGGCCCCGUGCCCGGCAGUAACGGCUGUGAUGAGAAAUCCAAUUUACACAGCCUGGAGUCACCGAGUUCAUACUAAUAACUGCCCUUCAGUACCCAGCCAGAUCUGCCAUCCACAAUCACACCCCAGCCCUCAACACCAGGGGCGACUGAGUCUGGACCUCAGCCACAAGCGCUCUGGCGACUUCUCGGAGCCGUCCCGCAGCCGUGCGCCCCAUGGGACCAAUUCCCUGCCUUCCAGCGCGCGACUCGGUUCCUCAAGUAACCUGCAGCUCCGCACAGAGCGGAUUAAAAUCCCCUCCACACCGCGGUAUCCUCGGUCCAUGUUGGGCUCUGAUAGAGCAGGCUUUCUGUCCCACUCAGAGUGCAGCAGUCCCAGCCUGAUCACCCCUCCGCAGUCUCCGCUGAACCUGGAGACCACCUCGUUCACCAGCAGCCAGUCGCAGAGCUCCAUUUCCACGCUGCCACGGAUAUCCGUGAGCCCUGUUCCCAUCGGGGAGCGCAGGAAGGAUCGGCCUUACCUGGAAGAGCCGCGCAGCGUCAUUGUGCACAAAGGGGCGGAGCCUCUCGGCAUCUCCAUCGUCAGCGGUGAGAAUGGCGGCAUCUUCGUGUCCAAGGUGACAGGAGGCAGCAUUGCCCACCAAGCCGGGCUGGAGUACGGUGAUCAGCUGCUCGAGUACAAUGGUAUCAACCUGCGGAACGCCACCGAGCAGCAGGCCCGCCUCAUCAUUGGGCAGCAGUGCGAUACCAUCACCAUCCUGGCGCAGUACAACCCUCAUAUGUACCAGCUUGGCAACCACUCGCGCUCCAGCUCUCGGAUGGAGCCCAUCAGCACCCAGUCGACUCCCCAGGGCAGUGGAGCCACAACCCCUGACAAUCACUCCACCAUCGACACGCUGAGUGAACAGGAUGAGGGUACCAUGACUCCCCCGUCCAAGCAGACCACACCCACGACUAGCCCUCACAGCUCCAUCAGAGUGCAUCCUGAUACCUGCAGAAAGGUCCCUGACCCGAGAACAAUCACCCUGAGGAGGACGCAGGGGGAGCUGGGUAUCCAGAUCUGCGGUGGGAACCUGCUUGGCAUCUUCGUGGAGAAGCUGGAGGACGAUAGCAUCGCCAGGGGCCCUGACGGCCUCAUGCCUGGAGAUAUGAUUCUGGAGUACAAUUCGGUACAGUUUAAAAACAAGACUGCUGAAGAAGCCUACCUGGAGAUGCUGAAGCCGACGGAAACGGUCACACUCAAAGUGCAGUACCGCAUCAAUGAGUUCACGAUGCUCAAAGACACUCCUGGGGAUGCGUUCUAUAUAAGAGCUCUUUAUGACAGAGUAGCAGAGAUGGAGCUCGACCUGAGCUUUAAGAAAGAUGACAUUCUGUUUGUGGAAGACACUCUACCAAAAGGCAAUUUUGGCUACUGGGUGGCCUGGCAGCUGGACGAGAAUGCUCAAAGGCUGGAAAGGGGACAGGUUCCCAGUAAAUACAUGAUGGAUCAGGAGUUUUACCGGAGGUACAGCAUGUCAGAGAUGAAAGAUGAAAAUGGCUCUAGUAAGACGCUGUCGGCCGCCGCCCGAAGGUCCUUUUUCCGGAGAAAAAACAAACACAAACGAAGUGGGUCAAAGGACGGCAAGGAUUUAUUGGCGCUGGAUGCCAUCAGCACCGAUUCAAUCCCAUUCAUGGAAGACUGUGUGAGCCUGGCAUACCAGCGUGUCCAGAAGGUGGAGAGCGCGUCUCCCAGGCCUGUCCUCAUCCUCGGGCCUCUCGUGGAUGCCGUCAAGGACAUGUUGGUCAAGGAGUCUCCAGGGAAAUUUUGCAGAUGUGUACUCGAGGUGAUGAAGGCGUCCCAGCAGGCAAUAGAACGGGGGGUGAAGGAUUGUCUGUUCAUCGACUACAAGAGGAGGAGCGGUCAUUUCGAUGUGACCACGGUCGCGUCCAUUAAGGAAAUUACAGAAAAGGAUUGUCACUGUUUGCUUGACAUUGCACCUCACGCCAUUGAAAGGCUUCACAGCGUUCACAUUUACCCAAUCGUCAUUUUCAUUCGGUACAAAAAUGCAAAGCAGAUAAAGGAGCAGAAAGAUCCAGUAUUUCUUCGGGACAAAGUUUCUCAAAAACAUUCCAAGGAGCAGUUUGAGGUUGCGCAGAAGAUGGAACAGGAGUACAGCAAGUUCUUCACAGGUAUCGUCCAGGGGGGCAGUCUGUCCUACAUCUGCACUCAGAUCGUGACCAUCGUCGAUCAGGAGCAGAGCAAAGUGCUGUGGAUCCCCGACGGAUCGGCCUAGAUGGAGAGCGGAGCCACGGCAGCGUGCGGUGUUGCAUCUUUAUAGGAAAACACUAAAACCUUAACUACAUGAAGGGGUACAAUACACUGAACAAUACAUUUAAAUAGCAAUUUUCUUCACGUUUGUCAGCAUUUUAUUACUGCGGUCAAUAUAACGUGUAACACAGCUUCAAAGUCACACUUGUCUACAGGAGUAAGAUUCAUAUAGCACUGAUUUUUUUUUUUUUGUUUUUUUGUUUUUUUUUUGUUUUGUCUUAAGGACAUCAGACUAUUAGUGAUGCUGCGUUUUAACCACACUCGUUUACAAAAGAAGUAUUUUUAUGUAACGCUUACUUGAAUGUGUACUUACCUUAGUUGACAAACCCCCCCCCCCCCCUCCCCGUCAGCCUUCAUGGUUGGAUGGAGAUGAUGCUUGCAAGCGAAGACUUUAAUGGCCACAUGGAAGUGCCUUGCGAAAAAAUCCACAGAUGGUCUGACAAACAGGGUUAUCAUGGGGCUACAUCACCUUUCCAAGUAACGGAAACACUGUGUCCCCUGUGAAGGAGAGACGCACGCACGCACGCACACACGCAUCACAAAACCUUAAAUCCAUUUUUUUUUCUCUCUUCCUCCUCCCGCUCUCUAAGAUCUUAAUGUCUAAUAAAUCACUAGGUAAUGAACCUAGUUGAGUAGCAGUGGAUAGUUGGCUCUUAGCAGAGAUUAGCAUGUUUUUAUUUUUCCCUGCUUUUGUUUGUCACUUUUAAUGUAUCUAUUUAAAAAAGACGACAGACAUCCUGGUGCAAUUUUGCAUGAUUAUUUUCCCCCUCCCACCUUGUUUAAUCUAUACUAGUGUUGUUGACGUUUUUAUUAUUUAAGUGGGUUUUGUAAUUCAAGUACGAGGCACAGUAAGUGUACCGUGUUUCAGUUGGUUGUCAAUGCAAUGUCCUCCCCCUUCUCUGUACGUCGUGCCAAACUCCUCCUCCUCCUCCCUUUGUUCCGCUUUCGUUUUGCACUUGUAAACCUGUGAACCCCUCACAGCUGCAUUUAGAUAUCAAUACUUCUGUAUCAUGUUCUAGGUACUAUAGUUGUACUGUACAAGCAAGUGUAACUUUUAAGUAUAUCACAACUGUUCCUACCAUUUCAUUAUUUGCUUGGCAUGCAGUUGCCUUUUCUUAUUUACCUUAAUUGAAGAAAUUAGAUUGCUCCAUAUUUGAAAAAGGGAUGUUUUCUUGCACAGUUAUGAAAACUGGUCCUAAAGUUUGACUCUUGGGUUAACAAUUAGUCUAUAAUUAGAAAUUUUACAGUCAAACUGUUUUGCUGAAUUUUUUUAAAUGUUUUAGGGACAACACUUUUUUUUUUUUUUUCUUCUUCUUCUCUAGGCCUGGUUGGAAUAACACAAAGGAUAUACAUAAAACAGACAGGUACUGUUGAGAUUGGGAUUUUCUUUAUUGAAGCUAUGAUUUGUAUCAAAUGUUAAGAAAUUAAUAUGAGAAUAAAAGUCUCUUUUUUUCUCCGUA